AGUCAAUCAUGUUCUCCGCGCCUAAUCCUCUGGGGAACGGGGUAAUCGGUAAAUCUGUGGGUAGGAGUGUGCCGCGGGGGCACUGAAAUCCUUGCCCCAUACUAGACCAUGAUCAGCUUGAUUUUGCAACCCUAUUCUAGACUAGACACCAAAACCUCUACCCUAUACCAGACUAGCUAUCCUCAGUUCAGAAGCCUUUAAUUACCACUAUCGUAGCCCAACAUACGUGAUGAUCACGGCUUAAAACCAAUAUCUUACAAAGCCACUGUCGAUUUUCAAUAAUUUCAAUUAUAGCACUCCGGGUAAACAACCCUGUUCUAGACACAAUUAUUUAUACACUGGCCACUUUUCUGGUGAAUUAUACCCUUUUCUAGACCAAAAUUGUCUGAUUUCUAUACCCUAUCCUAGACUAAGGUUCCUCAAAACCAUACCCUUCACAGCGGCACAUACCCAUAUUAGCUUAUAUAUGGAAGUACCCCCCGGGGUUUGCCCGCUGGCUAAUAACAGAUUUUUUGUAAAGCUCUUUGGCAGUAUUUCACAGCUUCUUCACGCAUUAUUGACACUUUGAGUCUUAGAUCACCCUUGCGAAUUAAUUAUUCCCAGCACUUUAAUAAUCAAAUGAAUGCUUUGUUGACUUGCAUUGUUUCAUCCCUGUUUUUGUUGACAUUUCAGGACAGUUCAUUAGUUUGAUUGUCAAAGAAGAGAUUAGAUAGCUCAUAAAAGCAUUUCUUAUCGCAAACCUUUGGAGACUGAGGUCAUACGCUGUUUCAACAAAAUACCAAGUACGACACAUCAAGAUUUUCAUUAUAAUCUUCUAGCCGAGCGGGCUAAACUAAGGUGUCAAGAUUUACGCGCCGUCCCCAAACACAAAGCUAAUUUGAAGGCCUACUGAGAUGUAUUAAUCAUUUUACCAUAAGUAGAGGAUUUAUACAGCUUGACAGAGGCGAAAAAUCCUCUCAUAGCGCAUCUAAGUGACUGAAGCAACAACAGAAACAUCGGAAUAUUUCACUUGCUUCGCAUCUUCGGUGAAAAACAAACUCAAUAGAAAUGAAACGUGGAUCUGAGACAGCUAAGGGAUUACGUCCGAGUCCAAUUGCGGGGAUUGGAUCGACGAGGCAAGAAACAAGUACACACGUCCCACGAGGACAAACAAGCAAUGUGCGUAUAACAACAACACCCUUAACUACGAGCAUGUUAGGUUUUACAAAACAUGCCACAGUAGAGCCAACUACAAGCAUUUACCAAGCAAGUUCUAUUGCACAUCAUUGGAAUAACGGACUUAACUCUUUCAAAGAACUUAUCUCGACGCCUGAAAGCAAAGGUUCUGUCAAUUCUUUAUAUUACAGUACGAAGCUCACCUCUACAAGUGCCCCAAUAAUUCCUUCCUCCUCAACAAUUUAUCAACCGACGUCGCGGGAAUCUCCUGCGCGGCAUAGACAAGGUUUAUCAAAUGAACUAUUGGCUGGAGUAGUGGCCGGAGGAUUGACACUCUUGAUUUUGAUUGGUUUACUUCUGUUGGCGGUGAUUUUUAAACGUCGCAAAACAGACGGCCUUGUUGUCGCCCAAAGCAACACAGAAACCUCCUUCGACAAUCUGGGUUUCAAUGGAGGACGGAAAAUCUCCGAAUACAUGGAUCUAAGUGAACUGGAACUUGUCCGAGUUAAAGUGAGUAACACUGUGAAACGGAAAAUCUCCACAUUCACCAAAGAUGAUCAGAAAACUUGCCGGGUGUCCUGUGGCCGUCUCGAGUUGGUUGAGGUCCCUGCGAAUACAAAUAUUGAUGACGAUAUAUUAUUAACGGCUUGGGUUUAACGAACGAAACCGCAACCCACUCCGACUAGCUCUCUUUGUCAGACUAUCGUCUGCGAGAGACUUGACAAAUCAGUUGGCUUUUUAGAGGAACUAGAUAUGCUGUUCAAGCUACGCACAGGUUCACAUCGAAGUAUUGUAAGACUCGUAAUGGUACAAGUCUGGGCGUUCACACUACGCUGGAGGAGUUUGAAAACGGCGAUUUCGCCCUGAAAACGCAUCAAAUGUUUUCCGUCUACACUACGCCGGAGGUAUUUAAAAACGUAACAAUCACCGGUCAUUGUGCAUUAUUAUUUCAGUAAAACUCGGCCGGCAGAAGAAUAUGAUUAUUUUAGCGUCAUCGGUUUUGGAAAGCUUCGUUUUCAAAAUGUUUUCCGUCCACACUAAAAUGACGUUUCCAAAUUCCUCCGAUUUCGAAAAGCUCCGU